UGUGUAGGUGAUCAAGAUGCUAUCCAGUAUAUGUGUAGAGAGGCACCAAAAGCAGUUAUUGAACUUGAGAAUUAUGGUCUGCCGUUUUCUCGUACUGAAGAGGGGAAAAUUUACCAGCGUGCAUUUGGUGGUCAGAGUCUUGAUUUUGGAAAAGGUGGUCAGGCCUAUCGUUGUGCUUGUGCUGCGGAUCGGACUGGGCAUGCUCUGUUGCAUACUCUCUAUGGACAAGCCAUGAAGCAUAACACCCAGUUCUUUGUUGAAUACUUUGCCUUGGAUUUGCUCAUGGCUAGUGAUGGCAGUUGCCAGGGUGUAAUUGCACUAAACAUGGAAGAUGGAACAUUGCAUCGUUUCCGCUCUGCACAAACAAUUUUGGCCACUGGGGGGUACGGCAGAGCAUACUUCUCUGCAACCUCAGCACAUACUUGCACAGGUGAUGGAAAUGCCAUGGUUGCACGGGCCGGUCUUCCACUCCAGGACUUGGAGUUUGUUCAAUUCCAUCCAACUGGUAUAUAUGGGGCCGGAUGUCUCAUCACUGAAGGAUCUCGAGGUGAAGGUGGUAUCCUGAGAAACAGUGAAGGUGAACGUUUUAUGGAACGAUAUGCUCCUACAGCCAAGGAUCUUGCAUCAAGAGAUGUUGUCUCCAGAUCCAUGACUAUGGAAAUCAGGGAAGGUCGUGGUGUAGGACCGCAUAAGGAUCAUAUCUAUCUGCAUUUGAAUCAUCUUCCUCCAGAAGUUCUAAAAGAAAGGCUUCCUGGAAUCUCUGAGACCGCUGCCAUCUUUGCUGGUGUUGAUGUUACCAAAGAGCCAAUUCCAGUCUUACCCACGGUUCAUUAUAACAUGGGUGGUAUCCCGACAAACUACCACGGCGAGGUAGUUACCAUCAAAGGUGAUGAUCCUGAUGCAGUGAUUCCUGGGCUAAUGGCUGCUGGAGAGGCAGCUUGUGCAUCUGUUCAUGGCGCCAACAGGCUUGGUGCAAAUUCACUGCUCGACAUCGUCGUGUUUGGUCGUGCCUGUGCAAAUAGAGUUGCAGAGAUAAGCAAGCCAGGGGAGAAACAGAAACCUCUUGAGAAGGACGCGGGUGAGAAGACUAUUGCAUGGCUGGACAGGUUGAGAAACUCAAACGGUUCGCUUCCUACUUCAACUAUUAGAUUGAACAUGCAGAGAGUUAUGCAGAACAACGCAGCUGUCUUCCGCACACAAGAAACAUUGGAAGAAGGUUGUCAGUUGAUUGACAAGGCGUGGGAAAGUUUUGGGGACGUCCAGGUGAAAGAUCGGAGUUUGAUAUGGAACUCUGAUUUGAUAGAGACAUUGGAACUGGAGAACCUUUUGAUAAACGCAUCCAUAACAAUGCAUUCAGCGGAAGCAAGAAAGGAAAGCAGAGGAGCACAUGCCCGGGAAGAUUUCACGAAAAGAGAGGAUGGAGAAUGGAUGAAGCAUACGUUGGGAUAUUGGGAAGAUGAGAAAGUGAGAUUGGAUUAUAGACCUGUUCACAUGGACACUCUCGACGAUGAAAUUGACACUUUCCCUCCUAAAGCUCGUGUCUAUUGAUUGAGCAAGGCCAUGCUUUUUAUUUUGUCUGUCGACGGAAAAAUAAUAAUCAGGAACCAAGAAAAAGGGGAUUAGGAGAAGACAAAGGAGUUUGCUAUUUAUGAGCUGAUGGAACACAAAGGAGUGUUCUGGAACUGGAUUUUACGUUUUUACACCAGAAACGAUGAAAUAAAUUGAUUUUAUAAAGAACCUACAUUUAGUUCCUGAAACUGUUUACAUUCUUUGUUACUUGUUAUUAUUAAGCCUUGGUGAUGUUCUUUGUUUUAUUU